UAGACUUGCAAAGUUGGGAAACGGGAAGAAAACAGGAAACCAGUUUCCGUGGAAGCAACGACCAGAGACUUAGUUCCCGCAUUAUACCGUAGCUUCCAGCACCGUCUAGAUAGACUCAAUUAAAGAAACUACGCGUUCUUCAACGCUAACUAAUCUCCCUAUAAAUCUUAAUUCCUUUCUUCUGCUCAAUAACAAACCCAAACUCUGUACUCAGUUUCUUUCUCAUCAAAGAUAUAUUUUCUAUAAGUUUUCCGUCUUGAUCCAAGAGCCAGAAAAGAGAUAGAAUUAAAAAUUCAAUCAAUCAAUCAUGAAUUCCAUUUUCAGUUCUUUUGAUGCAGCUUGUUUCGAGUUCUUACACCAAAAGAUCAGUUUUUCACCAUCAUCUAUGGAGACUAAGAAGAAUACGACAGCAGUGGAUAACAAAGUAAGCUCAACAACACCGGAGAAGCAGCAGGUUCAGAAAAAACAAGAAGAAGAGAAAAAGAAAACAACAACAAGAAGAUUUGAUCUGGAGUUGGAUGGAUUGAACUGCUUUGAAACCAUUGUUUCUAAUUAAAAACAAAACACUUUUUCCUUUUUUGGUUCAUGAGUUGUUAUCAAAUUCUGAUGUAAAAAUUAAAAUUCUUUGAAUAUACUUUGUGAUUCAUUCUCUGUAGCUUUAUUUCCUCAGAUCAUAUUUUUAAAAAGCGUAUGUUUUCGUAAUUUUUGUAAUCCAAAAACAUUACACAUGUUCAAUUUUGGCACUAAAAAAUCCUCCUCCUGGUGGAGAACAGGAACAGCCCCAAAAGGGAGCUUAUGAUGAAUCUCCACCAGGUGAGGCGAAUGCCAUUAUGCCAGCUUAGGGGUGUUGACUUUUCUAACCUUUUGACUGCUCAGACUCGGAGAUAGGGAGAGUGAAAUUGAGGUUGAGGUGAAGAAAAUAAAUAUAAAUGCUUUAGAAUGACGAAACUAAUGAUGCUUCUAAAUGCUUCAUUAGGAGGAGUUCCUCUCCCUCAUCACCGAAAUCCCCUUCUCAGAUUCUCAAACAAAUUUUCUUUGUUAUCAUCUUCUAAACUCCUUCAUAGGAGAUUCUGCACUAAAAUGACUACCCCAACUACAACAUCUCUUACCCAAACUAUCCAUUUAAAUGAUAAAGAAAGAACUCCUGUUGAGAUUAUUGCAGCUCCUGGUUUAUCUAAUCAUGAUUUCAGGAUGGCAAUUGAAUCGUCUUUGUUUAUAAAAUGGUUGGAGAAUAUGCAAUGUGAAACUGGGAUUUUAACUUAUGGAGAUAUGUCUUUGAAAAGAGUUUUAGUUCAGGGAGUGGAUAUGUUUGGGAAACGCAUUGGUUUCAUCAAGUUCAAAGCGGAUGUUAUACACGAUGAAACCGGAAAUCAGGUUCCAGGUAUUGUAUUCGCAAGGGGUCCAGCUGUUGCCGUGCUGAUCCUCUUAGAAUCUGGAAAUGAGACUUAUGUCGUGCUUACAGAGCAGGUUAGAGUUCCUGUUGGGAGGCUUAUAUUAGAGUUACCAGCCGGAAUGCUGGAUGAUGACAAUGGUGAUGUGAUAGGCACAGCAGUUCGUGAGGUUGAAGAGGAGACUGGUAUAAAACUUAAAAUGUCAGACAUGGUUAAUCUCACAGCGUUCCUCGAACCAGCAACAGGUGGCAAAGUAUUUCCAUCACCAGGUGGAUGUGACGAGGAACUGAGUCUAUUCAUGUACAAAGGUGAAGUGGAUAAGGAAGUUAUUGCAGCACUACAGGGUAAAGAAACAGGUCUUCGAGAUCGCGGGGAACUGAUUAAGGUACGCGUUGUUCCUUAUGAUAAAUUGUGGCGCGUCGCCGCCGAUAUGAAGGUUCUGUUGGCAGUCGCCCUUUAUGAAAUGGCCAAGAGAGAUGGGCUUCUGCCCUUGAAGUGAAGUACGGUUGUUGGUCUUUUCUAAACUUAGAAACCCAUUUGAGUAGAAAAUCUGGUUUUGUCAAUCACAGAAAAGGAAGAAUAUGUGAUUUUGUUCCAGACCCUUUAUUGUUUAACAAUAUCUAUCUUGUAAAGAAUGAUAAAUUUUUCUGUUUGUUGCCUUCGGUUUUUCACAUUUGCAUU